UUUCACAGGUUUUUAUUCUCUGAAGUGAGUACUCAGAGCCACCAGGUAGGAGCUGUGUUGACUACCAUUUCUUUCUCCUUGUUCCCAAUGAUGCCUGGGAAGAUGGCUCUGCGGAUCCCCAGAGGCCUCUGGACAGCAGCUGAAAUGAUGAUCCUGGUGGUGCUGAGCAUCCCAGUGGCUGAGGGCAGAGACUCUCCACAGGAUUUCGUGUACCAGUUUAAGGGCGAGUGCUACUUCACCAACGGGACGGAGCGGGUGCGGCUCCUGACCAGACACAUCUAUAACCGGGAGGAGUACGUGCGCUUCGACAGCGACGUGGGAGAGCACCGACCGGUGACGGAGUGGGGGCGGCCGGACGCUGAGUACUGGAACCGCCAGAAGGACUUCAUGGAGCAGACGCGGGCUGCGGUGGACACGGUGUGCAGACACAACUAUGGGAAUGAGGAGAGAACGACCUUGCAGCGGCGAGUGGAACCUACAGUGACCAUCUCCCCGUCCAGGACAGAGGUUCUGAACCACCACAACCUGCUGGUCUGCUCAGUGACAGAUUUCUACCCAGGCCAGAUCAAAGUUCGGUGGUUUCGGAAUGACCAGGAGGAGAGAACUGGUGUCGUGUCCACUCCACUUAUUAGGAAUGGGGACUGGACCUUCCAGAUCCUGGUGAUGCUGGAAAUUACUCCCCAGCGAGGAGAUGUCUACACCUGCCAUGUGGAGCACCCCAGCCUCCAGAGCCCCAUCACAGUGGAGUGGAGGGCACAGUCUGAAUCUGCCCAGAGCAAGAUGCUGAGUGGCAUCGGAGGCUUUGUGCUGGGGCUGAUCUUCCUCGGGCUGGGCCUUAUCAUCCGUCACAGGAGCCAGAAAGGACCUCGUGGGUCUCUGCCAGCAGGGCUCCUGCACUGACGCCUGAGGGUACCUGGGAUUCCUCCGUCUGUAAUGCCUGCCUGUCCUUGCCCAGAAUUCCCAGCUGCCUGAGAGCCCAUCCCCCACAUGGAUCCGAGCCCCACAGUGCCUCUGAUACAGUCACCAGGUGCCCUCCUGGGACCCCUGCGUGGCGGAUCUGACUGCGAUGCUGCUCCCUGCACUGGUUUCAGAGCCUCUGCUGUGAGCUCCUUGCUAGCAGCAUCUCCUCCGUCCCCAAGGGCUUUUCCGUUUCCAUUCUUCCUCCUCAGAUUGUGCAAGAGGAGCACACAGAAGCCCUUUAGCUGAAUGUAGAGAUUUUAUCAUAAUUAAACAUGAUUAUUGGUUCUCUGUA